CCUUAACGCUAGCGACUUCGCUUGCCGACUCAUUAUUUGGUGCCAUGGCCGACGGCGGCGGAAGAGCGAGGCCGAACAUCCUGGUGACCGGGACGCCGGGGACGGGGAAGACGACGACUUGCUCGCUCCUCGCAGAAGCCACCAACCUCCGCCACAUAAACGUCGGCGAGCUCGUCCGUGCGAAGGAUCUCCACGACGGCUGGGACGAGGAGUUCGAGUGCCACAUCAUUAACGAGGAUCUGGUGUGCGAUGAAAUCGAGGAUAAAAUGGAAGAUGGUGGUAACAUUGUGGACUAUCAUGGAUGUGAUUUUUUCCCAGAACGUUGGUUUGAUUGUGUGGUGGUUCUUCAGACUGACAAUUCUAUUUUGCACGACCGUUUAAGUAGCAGAGGAUACAUGGGUCCGAAGCUUAUGAACAAUAUCGAAUGCGAGAUCUUCCAAGUCCUACUAGAGGAGGCCAAGGCGAGUUAUGCCGAAGAAAUUGUAGUAGCAUUGCAGAGUGACACUGUCGAAGAUAUCAGUAGGAACGUAGCCAAUCUGACCGAAUGGGCUGCUAAUUGGACUCCUCGUUGAUUCUGUCAAUACGAUAUGGUCAUUGUAGCUUCUGAGUGCAUCUAUUCUGUGUGACAUAACGCUGAAGAGCGAUUAGUUAGGAAGGUUAGUGACCAAAUAAAUGUUGGUUCCAAGAGUUUGUAGUUUGUACGUGCGAUAUUUGCUAUUUAGUAUUUUGCUGUCAA